AUGGAACCCAAGCGAACAGCUUUAGCCGGACCAAUGGCACCGACCAGUAUCAAAACUGCUCGUAAAAGUUUCGCAGUUACUAACACUUACAUCAGAAAUGCUCCUCCAACUAAGGAAAUAGUAUCGGUACACACUAGUAUGCCUCAAGUUGAGCAUAGAUCGUUUCCUCUUGAACAAAAUCAAGUAUAUCAAGGGCAAGUUAACGUUCUCUCAGUAAUAGACACAAACAAAGAAAUAAUGUGUUGUAAGUAUACGGAAGAUGUAAAUGAAAUUGCUACUGGUUUCACGGAUGGAACAAUAAGGUUAUUCAGUUGCAACGAUGGAACUUGCACACAUUUGCUUGUCGACGAUGAGUGUCGUUCAUAUCCGGGACCCGUGACCGCUAUCAAGCAUCGUCCAGUCAGUAAAGCACACCCGAUCACAAAUACGCUUUUAUCAUCGUAUGUGAAUGGAUGCAUUAAAUGUUGGAAAUAUAAAUAUGAUCAAUGCUUGUAUACUAUUAGAGAAAAAAGACAAAUAUUAGGAUUAAACUACCACCCUCGAUUUAGUAAAUUUAUUACUUAUGGAGACGAUUCGAAAUUGAACAUGUAUGAUGAAGAAGCACAAACUCAAGAAAGGGCUUUUUAUUCUAGUCAACGUAAGAAUAUAAUGGACGGACACACGUCAAGAAUUUUUGCAUGUGCUUUUAAUCCAAAAUCUCACCAUGAAUUAAUAUCUGGAGGUUGGGAUAACACUGUUAUGUUCUGGGAUGAUAGACAACCAUAUGCAACACGUUACCUUUUCGGAGUUCACAUGUGUGGAGAAGGUUUGGAUUUCGAUAAGCCUGGAAAAACGAUACUCACUUGUUCAUGGCAAGAGAACGAUUGUAUUCAGCUCUGGGAUUACGGUUCGUGUAAAUUGAUUGAAACCAUAAAACCUGAUAACCAACAGUCAAAAUUGUAUUGUGGGAAGCUGGUUCCAGAGACAAACCUGAUUUUGUGUGGUGGCUCAGACUCAAAUAUUUUGAGAUUAAUAGAUGCUAACAUGAAAAUAACCGAGUGCAGCAUUCGCAACAAUCCAGGCGGUAUAUACGCAUUUGACUUUGGCGUUAUUAGAAGGAAAAAUACGAAAAUACCAGACACAUACAAAAAUAUUAGUGAAAUACAAAACGUGCCCCGCGUUUCCUUCGUCACUGGAAAACGACUACAGUGCGUGGACUUUGGCUAAUGUUGAGAAACUCCAACAUUUAAAAUGAAAAUGUCGUCAAGGGUGGA